CAUCUCUCUCUAACCAGUCGACGUGUUUACAUUCUGGAGGUGGACGGUGGUGCUCUUAUUAAAUCUUAAAAACACCUCAGAGGAUGCGGGCGACACUCUGACCUGGCCAAGAGCUGAGACAAGAGAGUGCCGAGCAGCACCGCACAGUCACGCAGGCAGGAUGGGGGCCGGCAGCAGCAGCAUCAGUCAGCUUGCCUCCAAUGAGUACUUGAAGCGAUUUGUGAGUGAAGAGGUUCUCACUCCGAAUGACCCCUUCUGGAACCAGCUCCUCUCCUUCACCUUCUCCAUACCCAACACCAGCUCGGACCACCGCCUGCUGGAGGAGUCUAUAAUGCCGCUGUACGUGGAGCUGGUGCAGAACCACGGCAAGAGUGGCAACGUGGCAUCCCUCAUCCAUGUCUUUCUGUCCCGUGCUACAGAGCUCAAGGCAUCUGCGCAGUGUGAGAACACUGUGUUCACCUGGCAGGCUCACAACGCACUGUUCAUUGUGCGGUGUGUGUGCAAGCUGCUCAUCCAACACCUGUCUGAAGAGGAGGUGAUUGAGGUCCUGCAGACGUCCCCGCCAAAUGAGGAAGGAAUCUCGGAAGACAACCAGAACCUAGUGGAGGACCUGGUGACAAGCCUGGUGGAGGUGGUGGUGGACGUGCCUCUGGUGGGCCUGACAUAUGCACUACACCAGGAGGCCACCAUCACACUCCUCGUCCUCACCUCCGCCCUGGUCUUCACCUCAGGGGAUGACUGUUACCUCUCUGUAUUGAAAAUGCUAAUGACGGGCCGGGCUUCCAUACACGCCUGUCUGUUUGUCAAGACCCUUGUGCGGCGCUUCAUGGCACAGGACAAGCCACCAGCCAAGAGUGAGAGAGGCUCCAUCAUCCUCGGCCUGGCUUCUGGUCUGUGGAAUGUUCUAACACUGGGUCUGGCAAGCAGCGGGGAGGAGGGGCAGGGGAGAGGUCCUGAGUCCCCACUGGCUUCUCUCAGUGUACUCCUACUGCUGGUGCUGACCAACCACUACACCGCCGACCGCACCACCAGGAACCCCUACAGACAGGCUCUCCUCCAUGCACAAAACUUCCAUGACCCAGCCGAGAGCACGCCAACCCAAGCAGUGGCAACCUUCAAGCUGGAGUUUGCCACACUGUACAAGUCCCUCUUCACACACCUGCAGGAUGACCAGACCACCCUCCUCCUCUACCUGCUGCUGCAUAAAAAUGACGACUUUCGAACUUACGUCCUUGCUCGCACUGAUGUAGAGAGUCUGGUGCUUCCCAUCCUGCACACACUCUACCAUGCCCCAGACAGCACUUCCCACCAUAUCUACAUGUCUCUCAUCAUCUUGCUCAUCCUCUCUGAAGAUGACUCCUUCAACAAAACCAUCCAUGAUAUUCCACUCAAGAACAUCACGUGGUACACAGAGCGCUUCAUCAGUGACAUCUCCCUGGGCGGGCUCCUCAUCCUGGUGGUGAUACGAACCAUAACCUACAACAUGACCAAAAUGAGGGACAAAUACCUGCACACCAACUGUCUGGCAGCGCUGGCCAACAUGUCCAGUCAGUUCCGGUCGCUGCACCCAUACGUGUGCCAGCGACUCGUGAGCCUCUUUGAGACACUCAGCAAGAGGUACAGUCGCCUCUGUGAGUCACUGAGGGCAGCUGAGGAUCUCCUAGAUGAAUCUGAGAGUGAAAUGCCUGAUGCACUUGGGGACGUUGGUGUGCUGGAGGAAGUGCUGCGCAUGGUCCUGGAGAUCCUCAACUCUGUGCUGACACACCAACUGGCCCACAACCACAACCUGGUGUACACGCUGCUAUACAAGCAACACCUCUUCCACCCAUUCUCCACACACCCAAACUUCCAGGACGUGACGCAGAACAUUGAAAUGGUCCUCUCGUACCUCAUGGGUCGCCUGGAGACCACCAAGAGGGACCCAGGGGUGCAGGAUGUGCAGGAGGUGAUCCAGCAAGGAGUGCUUCAUUUGCCCAAAGAUCGGCUAAAAAAGUUCCCAGAGCUGAAGUUUAAGUAUGUCGAGGAAAACGAACCAGAAGACUUCUUCAUUCCCUACGUGUGGACUCUCGUGUACCAGAAAUCUGGUCUGUACUGGAACCCAAAAUGCAUAUGUAUGUUUGAUCCUUCCCAGCCCGACGGCUAAGGCUGGUGGCCCCGCCCGGCCCCGCCCGGCGGCCCGUAGAUAGAUUAUUGAUUUUGUUAUACUUUGAAAGUUUAUUGUUUGCCACUUGGGGUGGGGAAGGGCAUUACACAGAACAGUGGUAUCAGUAGAUAGCAAGCUAAUUUUAUAAAAGUUUUGUAUGGAGGCACUGGUAUUUGAGUGAAGCUGUUGAUCACGAGACAUUUUUCAUAUACUUAGUGGCAGUUUGAGAGAGGCUUAGUACUGUAAGCAUUAUCUGAAAUUGGGCAACAAGCAGCAGCAGCAUGAUUCACAGUUCAAGAUCAUGUACAGUAGUCUCCCCUUCCACACACCCUGCCAAGCACCUCCACUCCUGUACCAAAGAAAUUUGAUCCCCAUGUGCAGUAACUCUUGGGUUCAGGGUUCUACUAGCAGUGUGGGUUCUAAAUCUUGGUUCCUCUGCUUGGUUUACUUGGUUUAGUGCCAGAAGUGGAGAUGGGGGAUAGGCUGUGCACAAGAGGAGGUCACUGAAUCUUCUAAGUAGAUACAAGACAUAAAUGGGGUGCUAUGUAAUUUCUCUUCUGUAGUCAGUCUGUCUUGGUAGGUUUCUGAAGCAGAUUUUAUAGUGGCUUAUGUGCCUCGAUGCUCAUCUAAGGGCAGGGGGAUCUUCCACCCCACUCUGCUCUGUGGAUUCAAAUGACAAAAUUUUAUACAGGUAAUGGUUUUGUUAGAUCUGCAUGAAAUAUUGACUUCAGGAGCUUGUGAUGUGGUGUAUACUUACAUGAACUCCACACAAACUCUUUACUUAUCAGCAGUUCAUCCUGCCAUUCAUCUCUGGCUGCUUGUCACCACGGUAUGCUUGAUUUGGGAUGUCUUCUGAGGGCACUUCUUGUCAAAAAGGAUGAACAUAACAUAGAAAGAGGGAGUGUGCUUAGGACCUGAUAGAUCAGGCAUAGCAGCUGGUAUUGUUAUGAAGUUAGUCCUAAAAUGUGGCAGUCCUCAUCUCUAGAGCAGUUUUAUGUUUGAGAAUUGUUUUUCACUAACUCUUGACCUCACCCAAAGGUACUUGCAUUUCUCGCUUAGUUUUGAAGUAUUACUGGGGAGAUUGUUGGGUGAAGCAGGUCCUAAAGGGAUCUUUUGUGGUGUUUGUUCAUUCCCAAUGCUGCCAUCCAGAUGGAAUAAACUCUUGGUAAUUGGUGUGUGUGUGAAUGUGUGGCGAGUAACAUUCGGUGCCAAUCAGACUAAGUUGCAUUAAAAUUCAAUGUAGUGUUAUUGAUCAUUUCUUGGGUGAUUGAGGGUCCUGCAUUACCAGUCAAAAACCUCCAUUAUUUAGGCUACUGUUCUUAUCUCAGGGCUUUCCAUGUAAUUGAUGCUUCCAGAUAUGAUAGAUUAAUUUACUCCAAGUUUUCUCUGAUAUUUAAACUUCUUGUGUCUUCCAAAAAAAUACAAAUCAGUAAUGGGCCAGAUAUCAAGGGUUUAUUACCAUUUUAAUGUUAAAAUAUCACUGGUGUCACUAGGUUGUCCUGGAGGCAGCAGUGAAGCAGGAAGCAGUGUGGGAGUGGGAGUGAUGCACAGGUUUCAUCACAGCUGCUCUAUUACCCAACCUUGAUAGAGUCUACAGUUAGCUCAGAUAUUUCCAAGAAUGUGCCAGAAGAAUUAUGGGAUCCUUUGUAAUGAGAAAAUGUAAUACAAUUUUUAAGCUGUUUACAUUCUCUCCUUCCCAAGACAACUACUCCACAACUACAGAAAUAUACUUCAUAUUGGGUGUGGGUGGAGUCUGAAUGUUGAGAAGAGAUUAGAAUAGUACAUACAUUUCCUCAUUGCUAUAGGAAUAAAAGAUGCCUGAGCAUUAUAUUAGUUACAUCAAUACUGGAGCACUGAAGGAUUUGCAAGUACCAGGUAAUUUGCACCAAUGUGACUUUGAUCUAAUGUGGGCACACCAGACUACACGUGUGACAUUGUGAGAAGCUUCAGGUGUGGCUGACUGCCACACAGCCACAGAUCAGUGACUGCAGAACAAGGGGGACUAAUUGCCUUCAAUAUUGUAAUCCAGUUUUCACCAUUGUCUCAUAUUGCACUUUUCUGCUCCCAGUAAGUCCAUCUCCUGUGAUGAAGUGGUAAAGUAUAGCUGCAAUUUUUUUGUUGUUUGAGAUUUUAGAGUUUUGUUUUGAGAUCAUCGGUGAGUGGUCAAAGGAUGAACCUGCUGUACAUAGAUCUGAUAAUUGUUUUAACACUUAUCUAAUUAUAAAAAAGAACUAACAACCACUUUGAGUUACACUUCCUUCAUCCUUUCCCUCAUUUGUAACACACCAGACCUCCACAUUGUCUCUGGCAAAUUUGAAGUGAGCAUUGAAACAGUCUAGUGGCAUACGCAGGUGAUCAUCCUUUCAUGACCAACCACAGACACACAUGACCUGUAAUGUAAAUAUUUAUUACUCCAAAGAGAAUAAUUUAAAUGCUGAACCAAAAGAUGUCCACCACAGCAGCAGGAGUAUGAGGAUAAGUCAUUGGGACAGUAAAGAAAAAUGGACCUUGUAAGAACAAAUGGACUGCACAGUUUAAGGUUUCUACUACCCUGGGUGCACAUUGUAAACCACUACUUUAUUUCAUCCAUCCAUCCAUCUCUACUCUAAUUCCUGUGUUGAGAUCAGAUUUGGCACAUGUUCCCAGUGGUAUCAAAAAAUGGCUAUUUAUUUGAGUGUGUUUCUUAUCCGUGUUCUUCUUACCAGAAAUGCUGUUGAUGCAAUUUUUGAAGCAGAAUAUGAAUGAUUGUCAUGAAUGUGUAAAUACUGAAAAUGUAAACCUGUAGUAUUUAUAUUCUUAUGUAAUCAUUUCUGAUAUCAAAGUAUUUUUAAGAACUUAA